AUGCCGCGUGGUUCAGCUUCCCGGUCGGUGACGCCCACUCGGUUCUCCCGCCGCCUCCGCAACCGCACCGUCUCGGUGGCGCCCGAAGACGACACGGGAGGCGCUGCUGCUGGCGCAGCUCCGGCCUCGCCAGCUCCGGUUCCUGCUCCUGCUCCGGCCCGUCCCGCACGCACUGCACGUGCCACUCGGAGCCGUCCUGCUCGGGCCACUCGCUCGCGCUCGGUCCGGCGCUCGCCCUCGCCCUCGCCGGCGCCCGAGUCGCUCUCCGAGGAGGUCGCCUCGGCGUCGGUCUCGGACGAUGACGAUGACGAUGACGAUGACGAUGAUGACGAGGGCGAGUCUGAUGAUUCUGGCGAGAAGCUCUCUGACGACGAAGGUGCCGAGAGCAGCAGCGAGGAUGAGUCGGCCUCGGACGAGACGUCCGAGGAGCCGUCCGGCGAGGCCACGGCGGCAUCAGUCGCCUCGGACGCUGGCUCGCCGCCGCGGCUCGCCCGUACUUCCAUGUCGCCGCUGCCGACCUCGCCGCUCUCGCCGCGGGUGGCGGGCGUUUUUGAUGUCAAGGUUCAAGCGCCGCCACGGAUGGACACCCCGGUGCCCGGCCCCGAUGGUGACAUUCACGCUCUGCCGGUCGCCGAUCCGGCCCUCCUCGUCCGAAUGAUCCAUGUCAUUGGCGCUCUUGCCCUUGCCCUCAACCUCUGGGUCGGCGCUACUCUUCGCUGGAUCUUUUUCCUCGACGACAACCGCUACUUUAAGCACGGCUCGGUCUGGCGCGGCCUCAUCAUCAUGGUCCUCGUUCUCCUCAUCGGCACCUGGACUGGCCCGCCGGCGCUGGGCCAUGUCGCUCCUGCGCUGUCGGAGCUCUCAACGCCGCCGCUCCCCGCUGCGCUCCCGUUGCUUCCGUCGCUUCCGUCGCUCCCGUCGCUUCCGUCGCUUCCGUCGCUCCCAACCUUUUCGUUGGCGCUGCCGAGCCUUUCGACCUUCCCGACCUUCCCGACCCUCGCCAACCUGCCGUGGAUCUCUGUUCCGUCGUUUGACUUUGCGUUCCCGUCGCUCCCGUCGCUCCCGUCGCUCCCGUCGCUCCCGUCGCUCCCGACGCUCCCGUCGCUCCCGUCGCUCCCGUCGCUUCCGACGUUCCCGACGCUCCCGGCCAGUCCCGGCCCCAGCCCAGCGUCGUCGCUCCCGCCGCCGCCGCCGCCGCCGCCGCCGCCGCCGCCGCUCUCGCCCGACUUUGACAUGGACGAGUUGAAGCAGUACAUCUCGGCCACGGUUGCGUCUGCUGUUGCGUCUGCAGUCUCCUCCUCGGUGCCGGGCGCAGUGUCCCAGGCCGUUCCGUCUGCGGUCGCCGACGCCAUCGCUGCGCUUCCGCCCCCGCCUCCGCCGCCGACUCCGGCCCCUGUUGCCCCGGCGCCACCGGUUGUCGACGACGCUGCGCUGGCCGAGCUCAGCGCCAAGCUCAGCGCCCUGACCGGUCGGGUCGAGGGCCUCUCGGGCAAGCUGGAGGCGAGCCAGGACGAGGUCGCUCUUGUCCGCAAGCGGGCCACUGCAGCCACCUCUGGCGUUGACGAGGUCCGCACGGCCACCAAGACCCAGCUCGACGAGCUCUCGCGAGUUCUCUCGGAGCUGGCUGACCAGGUGGCGGCUGUGGAGGAGGCCCAGGCUGCGAAUGCUGCUGCCGCUGCUGACGCCGCUGCCGCAGCUCAGGCAGCCACCGAGGCCGCCGCCGCCGCGGCAGACUCAAGCUCGGCGCCGUCUCCGAGCCCGGCGCCCGUCGAAGCUUACGACGACUCUGCUGUCCGCGCCGAGCUGUCAGCGGUGGCAGCAUCGGUGGCGAGCCUCGAGCCGAAGCUUGCGGCGCUUGACGCCGCAGUGACAGCGCUCGAGAACGCGCCUGCGCCUGCACCGGUCCCGGCCCCCGCCCCAGCAUCCAGCUCACCAGCGCCGCCGUCGCCGGCCGUCACCGAGGCACUCGCCCGCGCCGACGCCCAAAUCAACGCCCUCUCGGGUGCGGUCGACGCGCUCAAGGCCCAGCUCGCCGCUGUAGAGAAGGCAGCAUCCGCCGCUGGCGCCGCUGCCGCCACCGAGCAGGUCGACGCUGUCCGCAAGCUCAUCGACGACGCAGGCUUUGUCACCACCUCGCAGCUCACCGCGCUCAUUGAGGCUGCGGUUGCCGACCGGCUUGAGGCCAUCUCGAUGCCGACUGCCGCUGACGUGCUCGAGCACGGCAAGGCCGACAUUGCCGCCAUGGUCCGCGACUCGGUCCGUGCGGCUGUCGACUCGGGCACCGUCGACGUUGUCGCCGGCGUCUCCGCCGACGAGGCGCAGGCGCUCGUCGCGGCCUCGCUCGCCAAGUACCAUGCUGAUCGUACUGGUCUUGUUGACCACGCUGCCGACGGCUUUGUCGUCCAGCACUCGCCGGACUGGUCGCCGGCCGGCGGCAUGUCGGCAUCGAUGGCCGAGGCCAUGGCCGCCUUCCUCUCCAAGGUCACUUCGCCGCUCCGGGUCGCCGCGCCUUCCAUUCCGCGCGCCACUGCCAUGCUCCUUCCGUCGGCUGGCGUCGGUGACUGCUGGGCUAUGGCCGCUGACGCAGGCUUUGCCACCGUCCAGCUCUCCAAGCCCGUUGCCGUCACCUCGAUCUCGCUCGAGCACAUGCCUGCCGCCGUCCUCCUGCACUCGUCGUCGGCUCCGCGUGAGUUCCGCGUCUACGGCUCACCGGACUCGGGCGCGUCCUGGACCCCCAUCUUUCCGGCUGGCUCCGACUCGCCGGUCUUUGUCUUUGACCCCGCUUCGCCCGACCUCCUCUGGGGUGGCGUCCUCCAUGCCAACGUUGCUGUCGACUCGGCCGCCUACAACCAGAUCCGUCUUGAGAUCCUCUCCAACCACGGCCACAACGAGUACACCUGCAUCUAUCGCUUCAGGGUUCACUCGGCAUAAUGCUCUCAGCCUUCAUCCUUCCCCCCUCUCUCGCCUCUUUCAUCAGGCUGUAAACUUGUUGU